CAGAUUCAACGGGAAGAUCCGAGCCUCGAGAAUUCUCCAAUAAAUGUCACAGGAAGAUGCAACGAAUCAACACGACACUGUCUUCGAAGAUAUCGUCCAUGGAAGAACAAGAAGAAGAUGAAGAAGAAAGAUACAGAAAAAGAGCAGCUUCCACGUCACACGGUUCCAUAUCGGUGAUAGGGAAGCGGAGGAUGAUGGAGGACGCCGUGAAGAUAGUACCGGGAUUUAUGGGAAGCUAUGACUUUUUCGCAGUCUAUGAUGGUCACGGCGGAGCUACGGUGGCCAACGCUUGCCGCGAGAGGAUGCACUUGGUGGUGGCGGAGCAAGUAAUGAAGGAGGGAGCAGGUCAGAAGAGAGGAUUGGCGGAUUGGCUUGAAGUGAUGUGCUCGUCCUUCAUGAGAAUGGAUCGUGAAGUCGUCGGAGAAGAUGGCACGGUUGGUUCCACGGCGGUGGUGGUAGUUGUCAGCAGUGACCACCUGCUUGUCGCCAAUUGCGGAGAUUCUAGAGCUGUACUUUGUCGCGGAGGAGUCGCCUUCCCACUUUCAAAGGAUCAUAAGCCAAAUCGACCAGAUGAAAGAGAAAGGGUGGAAAAAGCCGGAGGAACAGUGAUAAGUUGGAACGGGGAUCGUGUCUUGGGAAUACUCGCUACUUCAAGAUCCAUAGGGGAUCAUUAUAUGAAGCCAUAUGUGGUAUCAGAGCCAGAAGUAAAGGUAUAUGAAAGAACAGAGAGGGAUGAGUUUAUGGUAAUAGCGAGCGAUGGGCUAUGGGAUGUGAUAUCCAACAAGUUGGCUUGCGAGGUGGUGAGGAGGAUUUUCAAGAUGGGGUUCGUUAAAAGUGGGGCAGCAGAAGCUGCGGCAUUAUUAGCAGAAUUGGCUAUGGCUCGAGGAAGCAGGGACAAUAUUAGCGUUAUUGUAGUCCGGCUUAAGUAGCUGAAAGUUAUAUAUAGUGAUCCAGCACCACAUUUGUUUUUCUUUUUACACUUUUUUCACAACUUUUCAAGAUAUAUCCUCUACUGUGAAACUUGUCUAUACUUUAUACUUUUUCUUUUUAUCUUAUUUGUUUAGGAAAAAAUUAGUUAUCAGUUUCUGUAGUUCCAUCUGAUCUUUAAAAGUCCGGUUGGUUGACGGGAUACUUUGUAAUCCAAUGUAUGAAAAAUUGUUAUGCUCAUAAUGAGACACAUAUUAUUAGCUACCAA